AUGGCCAGCCGGGUGGCUCCUGAGCAGCCGGUGGGGGCCGAGGAGGCCUGCUCUCAUGUGAAUUGCCUCAUUGAAGAAGUGGCCAAAAUGGGCAAGGUCAAGUUUCAGCACAUCAUGUCUAUGCAUAGGGUGUGCAAGCAGCCCCUGGGCAUUGCCAUGGGGUUUGGUGCCAACGGCUCCCUGGAGAAGGUGCCCACCCAUGGUCUCUGCUGGCAGAUCAGGUUCUGUAUCAUCCCCGAGACCAGCUUGGCCAUGCACUUCCUGCACAACGUUAAGCCACCUCUGCUCGACCUGGAUUUCAAGCCGGGCAGCAUCCUCUUAGACAGCAACAUGCAUGUCAAGAUUUCAGACUUUGGCCCAUCCAAGUGGAUGCAGUACAUCUGGAGGUCGGCCCUGCAGGGCACGCUCAGCUACAUCACCCCGGAGAGCAGCAAGGCCCCAGGUCCCAAAUCCGAUGUGUGCAGCUUCAGGAUUGUCAUCUGGGGGCUCCUCACUCAGAAGAAACCACACUCAGGUAGCAGGGUUCCCAUGAUGACUGUCAUUAGCCAAGUGGCCACAGGCAUGCAGCCCUCCCUGCAGUCAGUCUCCAACCUGUGGCCAGGUGAGGCCCAGCAGAUGGUGGACCUGAUGGGAUGCUGCUAGGACCAGGAUCCCAGGAAGGGGCCGUGCUUGGCAGGGGACAUCACAGUCAAGACAGAGUUGGUGCCGUCACUGCUGCAGUGCAGAGUCUGUGGUGGCCCAGAGAGUGUGGCCCUGGCCAGGAAGGUGUCCUGCAAGCCAGGGCUGUUCCAGCCUCGGAUGUCUCAGAUGCAGGUGCUACAACUCUCCCACAGCAAGAGCAUGGUCCCGAGCAAUGAGGACCUGCACAUCUAUGAGAACAAGGUCACUACCCUCCAAUUGCUGGUGGCCCAGGGCAGUGUGGAGUGGGUGAGGCUGCUGCUGCCCCACAAGGUAGUCAUGGACUGCCAGGAGACAUCUGGCUAAAUGCCCUUCCUCAUUGCCACUCAGGAUCAUCAGCCAAAUCCCUGGGCCGUGUUUUUGGUUCAUUGCAUUCAUGCCGAUGUGGAAGACAAGGAUGGCUGGGACCCCCUGCAUUUUGCAGCCCAGAAUGGGGACAACAGCACCAUGCACCUACUCCUGGACCACGGGGUCCACAUGGAUGCUCAGGAGCACGAGGGGUGGACGCCACUUCACCUGGCCACACAGAACACCUUGAACUCCCAUCAAGCUGACCUCAAUCUGCACGCGGCUGAGGGCAGCCCCCUCCCCAUGGCUGCCUACAUUGGUCGUGUCAGCCCGGCCAUGCUGCUGACAGACCAGGGGGCUAAAUUGGCUCGGCAGGGAAACCUGAGGACACCACUGCACCUGGCAGUGAAACAGGGCAAAGUGAGGGCCACCUGACAUCUGCUGAAAGUAGGCAGCCCCAAUGCCCUUGAUCAGAGUGGCUACAGCCCACUGCACAUGGAGGCUGCCAGGGGCAAGAACCUUAUCUGCAAGAUGCUAAUCAGGUCCCGGGCUAGGCUCAAGCUGCCCACCCAGCAGGGCUGGAUGCCCCUGCAUCUAGCAGCUGUGCAUCUAGCAACUUAUAAGGACUACCUGGAGAUCAUCCACCUGCUGGCUGAAAGCCACGCAGACUUUGGUGCUCUCGGAGGCAUGGACUGGACACUCGUGCACCUAGCUUCCUGCCAUGGGAAGGUGGCGCUGUUGGCACUGCUGGGGUGUGGGGCUGACCCCAAUACUGCCAAGCAGUCAGGCUGGACACCCCUCCACCUGGCAGUGCAGAGAGGUGCCUUCCUGAGCACCACCAAUCUUCAGGAGCGCUCUGCAGACGUCUGUGCCCACAGCAAGGUGUGCUGGACACCCGCCCACCUGUCUGCCCUCAAGGGCAACACAGCCAUCCUCAAAGUGCUGGUCAAGGGUGGCACCCAGCUGCACAUCCAGGACAGAGUGGGUUGUGCUUCCUGGCAGCUGGCCCUCUUGAGGCAAAUGCAGGGCACUGUGGCCUUCCUAGAGGGCAAGGAGCUCUCCCGGGCCAUUCCAGGUGCUGCCGAGCUAGAAGCCCAGACAGUUUAG